AUGGUCACAAUCCCAGCUGUGACCCAGUCCAACGUUCUGGACCUCCUGUCUGAGCGCCUGCUCACUCACUUGCCUCUCCGAUCCAGUCCCUUAAUAAAAACUGAAUAUGCAUAUGAAAAUGGCCAGGAUCAGGUCCCCCUUAUAACAGCGCAAGAGGUGCCUUUUACAGUUAUGGAGCUCAUUAAACUGAAAGAGGAAUUCAGUUGCCACCCCCACAAAACCAAAACUGAAUAUGUUUGGUGUGUUUCCUUAAGUGGUGAAGACCAACUCUUGCUUAGUGAGAAGGAGGCAGAGGGUUACUGGGGUUCCGGUGUUUUCCUCACCACUGGAGACUGCUGGGUGCUGUGGUCUUUGACCCAGAGGACUGCUUGGGCUGGUGGUCUGGACCCCUUGGAGAGAGGCAAUCCCCUUGCUCUAGAAGAGACUACAGACCAGUUUCUGGAGACUGUCCAUAAGGCUGCUUGCCUACCAUUUAUGGACAAUUGUAAACUAGUCCCCUUCCAAGAAUCCCUCAUGAUGCUCACGGUAGAUGCUGAGAGAAGGACUCCUCUAAUUCAUGGGCUUCCUGACUCUCUAAAACCAGUCAGUAUUCAAUUGCAGAGAAGGAUACAGGCUUUAGCACCCUUAGAAAAGGUUGCUGCUGCUCUGGAAGGUCCUACCUCUUCCCUUGCAGGGAAUGCCCUGAAGAUUGUUGCCCAAGAAUUAAUUAUUUUUGGGCAAAAAUAUGGUCCCUUAAAAAUAGCUGUGAGCAGAUUGGAGACUCGUGGGGUGAGGCAUAUCCAUCUCAGCCCAAGGCUGUCACCAAGAAUUCCCUCCCCAAUCCACUCAGGGGGGAUGGGAUUGCCUGCCCACAAGACAGGGUGCAAGGGAGUCCUGUAA